GUCUCUGCUACUUUAACUCACGCACUCGCAGACACUCUCUUGUCAUCUUCUUCAGGUACCAAACUCCUUCAGAAGUGCGAAGGCCCAAAUUCUUCUCCAUCAAAUCCCCCCAAACUCCUCCCAUAUCCGCCGAUUCUGUACACGAAGCUACCAGUUUCUCAAUCUCAGGCUCCAAUUUUUCCACCCGCGAGGUUCUCUGUACUCCUUAACGCAAUUUAAAUGGGAAGUUCAAUAGAUCACAGUUCGGAUGAGGACACAGAUAUGAGUGAAUCUGAAAUGGAUGAGUAUGAAGCUCAAUCUUAUGAAGAACUGAAGAAUGGAAACCACCCUGUGAAAAUUUCAGAUGAGACUUUUACUUGUCCUUACUGCCCCAAGAAGAGAAAGCGAGAUUACUUAUACAAGGAUCUCCUCCAGCAUGCUUCUGGGGUGGGCAAGAGUCCAUCAAAGAAAAGAUCUGCUAAGGACAAGGCAAAUCACCUGGCAUUAGUUAAGUACUUGGAGAAGGAUCUUGCAGAUGUAGGCAGCCCAUCAAAACCAAAGGCUGACACUGAUCCUUUCAGUGGUUGUGACCAUAACGAGAAACUUGUGUGGCCUUGGACAGGCAUUGUGGUCAAUAUUCCAACUACAAGGGCAGAGGACGGACGAUAUGUAGGAGCUAGUGGAUCCAAGUUUAGGGAUGAGUUGAUAAGUAGAGGCUUUAACCCCACGAGAGUUCAUCCGCUAUGGAAUUACCGAGGUCAUUCAGGGACUGCUGUUGUGGAAUUCCACAAAGAUUGGCCUGGUUUACAUAAUGCCCUUUCAUUUGAGAAGGCAUAUGAAGCUGAUCAUCAUGGGAAAAAAGAAUGGUUUACUAAUAGUGGAGAAAAAUCUGGUGUCCAUUGUUGGGUUGCACGUGCUGAUGAUUAUAAUGCAGAUAAUAUAAUUGGAGAACACCUACGGAAGAUUGGAGACCUUAAAACAAUUUCUGAAAUCAUGGAGGAAGAAGCAAGAAAACAGGACAAACUAAUAUCCAAUCUCAAUAACAUUAUUGAAACUAAGAAUAAACACUUAAAAGAGAUGGAGCAAAAGUGUAGCGAGACUUCAAUCUCCCUCAACAAGUUGAUGGAAGAGAAAGAUAGGCUUCUUCAUGCCUAUAAUGAAGAGAUUAAAAAAAUUCAAAUGAGUGCAAGGGAGCACUUUCAGAAGAUAUUUAAUGAACAUGAAAAGCUUAAGUUGCAACUGGAAUCUCAGAAAAAAGAGCUUGAAAUGCGUGGGUCAGAAUUGGAAAGGCGUGAGGCCAAGAAUGAAAGUGAUAGAAGGCAGCUUUCUGAAGAGAUUGAAAAGAAUGCAAUCAGAAAUAGCUCACUUCAGUUGGCUUCUUUGGAGCAACAGAAGGCUGAUGAGAAUGUAUUGAAAUUGGCUGAAGAUCAGAAGAGGCAAAAAGAGGAACUGCACAACAGAAUCAUUCUACUGGAAAAAAAGCUGGAUGCCAAACAAGCUCUGGAACUGGAAAUCGAGAGACUUAGAGGCUCAUAUAAUGUGAUGAAGCAUAUGGGAGAUGAUGGUGAUGCAGAAGUUCUGAAAAGGAUGGAAUUAAUAAUUCAGAAUCUGAGAGAAAAGGAAGGAGACCUUGAUGAAUUAGAAACUCUGAACCAGGCUCUUAUUGUAAAGGAGCGAAAGAGCAAUGAUGAACUGCAGGAUGCUCGGAAGGAAUUAAUUAAUGGCCUGAAAGAAGUAUCAAGUCGUGCUCAUAUUGGCGUUAAGAGGAUGGGAGAACUAGAGAGUAAACCAUUCCUUGAAGUAAUGAAGAGAAAGUAUACUGAAGAUGAAGCAGAAGUCAGAGCUUCCGAACUUUGCUCAUUGUGGGUGGAAUAUCUUAAAGAUCCUGACUGGCAUCCUUUUAAAGUUGUCACAGUUGAAGAAAAACAUAAGGAAGUAAUUGACAAUGAGGAUGAAAAAUUGAAAGAUUUGAGAGAUGAGAUGGGUGAUGAAGUUUACAAGGCUGUGACUGAUGCUUUAAUGGAGAUAAAUGAAUACAACCCGAGUGGAAGGUAUAUAAUCUCAGAGCUGUGGAAUUAUAAAGAAGGGAAGAAGGCUGCCUUGAAAGAGGGAGUCUCAUUUUUAUUGAAGCAAUGGCAAAUAGCUAAACGCAAGAGGCUACUUUGAAGGAAACAAUCAUAACUGAUGCUGAGAUGAUGUGCUCCAAAAUUGGGAGGCAGGUCACCAGAGGAUGAGGCUCAUAAAAUGAGUUGCCUUCUGGUUUCAUGGUGUCGUUUGCUUCAAGGCAUUUAUUCUGCGCAGGCUAGGCUGAUUUAUUGUUUCAUGUUUAGAAACUGUAUUUGUAUGCUGUGUUCGACUUUCCCAUAAGCCAAAUCAGCUUCAUUUCAGUAGCGAAAUGCUCUGGGUUGUGAGAACUAGAGAAAAUAACUUAACUUAUUUGCUGUGUGAUGUACUGAAUUUCUUGUUGCAGGAGUUGCUGCUCUUAUGAGGCUGCUUGCCUGGAAUCAACUGUCCAUGUGAAAUGUAGAAUUUUGUGUUAUUGGAACAAUUUGUAGGAAUGUUUAGAGAGAUAAGUCUGCCUGACUCCGAUUUUCAAUGCAAAUGUGUGUUGUCUAGUA